GUUUACGGCUGCGCGCAUCACGCGCAAGAGCAAUUGCAUUAAAAAUAUAGACGCUAUAGUAAACGAAAUGAAAUGCACGUUUGAAGGCAGCAAUGCACGUGUCAUUGCUAAAGCGAUACAAUCGCUCUCUAAAGUGGGAAAGGAACUUUACGUAGAAGUAGAUCAGAAUGGCUUACUACUUCGCGCAAUUAAUGCAACACACUCCGCUGUAGGAAGCAUACGCUUUAAGCGAAGUAUGUUCGAAACCUUCAAUCUCCCACGAACCGGCAAUGCAGAUUUCUACUGCAAGAUAUCAAUGAAACCUUGCCUUGCUGCGUUUCGCAGCAUGAAGCAAGUGGAACACUGCGAGCUAAGCAUAACGGACAACCAAACAAAAUUUCAGGUCAAACUACGCUGCAAGUUGGAAACCGUGCGACAAUCUGUGAUUGCCAUAUUGGACGAGCAGAACAUCACCGCUGGCGUUUUGCCAGAUCACAGUGCCAACGUCAUACGCGGCGAAUACAAACUGUUCAUGGAAAUUUCCAACAGUUUCAAUGCUGCCGAAGAAGAACUGACGCUAGAGGCCAAAUCGGACAGCCUGGCAGCCAAAAACUAUAUAGAGGGUGCGCGCGUUAGUGACAGGUUUAUGCGGUCCCAGCUAAAGCUAAAGCCUAACGAAUUUACUAGCUAUAAUGUGACCCAGGACACUGUUAUUACUUUCUGUCUGAAAGAAUUUCGCGCAUUCCUACUCUUUGCGGAGUCGCUAAGUGCAGACAUGACGUUGGAGUUUGACGAGCCGGGCAGCCCGUUCUUUCUUAAGAUAAAAAAACACGAUGACAUCGAGUGUUUGCUUAUCAUGUCCACCCUGUCGCCUGACGAUGUAAGUUUUUCGGAGGAUUAUUGUCAGCGCGAACUCACUGUACAGGAUGCUGCAUCCCCUGUAAAUGUAUCCAAAAAACGAAAGGGCAGCGCGCCUACUGAGCAAAUUGAACACAAACGACGUCUGGCAGACGACACCACACUUAGUACGACAAGUACCGAUUUAGCGCUCUUUCAGUAUAAUGGAUUGCGUACAACCCCAACUAAUAUAUCAGAGCCGAGUUCUGUGCAACCAGCGCGCUUGCUCCCCGAAGGUGAUACUGUCGACGUCGAUGACGAUGAGGAGGCACUUAUUCUUGCUGCUGCCGUCGCAGUAGAAUCCAGUCAAACUAUGCCUACUGCCAAUGAGUUGCUUUCUUAUAAUUCGCAAGAGGCCCCACCUAUGACUGUACUGGCUGUGCAGGAAGACGGCAGCGAUGAAGACUGCGUUCCGCAGUCGCCAGAGCAUAGGGACAACGUGCGCGCCAUUUUCUCACGGUGCUUUCAAAAAACGUAUGUGCCACGCGAACCAUCGCCGAGCAGUCAAAUGUAUGCACCCAAUUCGGAUACAGAGGAUUAGCUUAGUUUGUUCGUUUAUUAAUAAACACCCGCCCUUUAGUUUAAA